GACGUUGUGUGUGUUUUUUUCACAAAGUUAGCAGCGUUAAUAAAAGUAACAAUCGUUUUUACCAAUUACCAAUGGUAUCUAAAUCGUACGUGUUAAUAAUUUCUACAAUUGACAUUAUUCGCCGUGCCUUUAUAACGGUAUUGAAUUAUUACCCUAAUUAAAAUCAGUAAAAGAUAUGAAUCUGCACUUGUAUAGGAGCCCAUAAAUUUUCCAAUAAAAAGAAUCAUCAUUUUCGAAAAAUACUAAUCAUGCUUAAAUCUUGACAACAAACUCAUUUCCCAUCAUACAUGUAUGUAUGUUGCUGAUAAUCUCAGGACCUUCACUACUGAUUGAUUUGUCUACCAAUACCUAUUAAAAUGAGUAAUACAUCAGAACAAAAAUGGGUUUGUGAAUAUUGUACAUAUGAAAACUUCCCUUCUUCAAUUAAGUGCACCAUGUGCCGUGGUCCAAAGCCUUUCAUCAGUGAAGAUAUUUAUCGUUUGCAUGAUAAUGAUGAGAAAUCUGUACCCAGUAGUAAUUUGUCCAGUUUAGCAGCUGGUCCAUGUGAAAAUAAAUCAAGAGAUAACUGGUCUUGUGAAACCUGCACAUUUUUAAACCAUUCUAAAGAUAAUGUUUGCAUACAAUGCAGAAUGCCUGCUCCCUCAUCAGAUCAGUCUAACAUUAUACAAAAUGUCGAUGGUGCACAGAGUUUGUCUCAAUCUCGUAUUAAUAGUCCUCCUAUUAUUACUAGUACAGAGAAUAGUAAAUCUUCAUCUCAACAAAAAUGGAGUUGCCCUAUAUGUACUUACGAAAAUUGGCCUAAGUCUUUGAAGUGCGCUAUGUGUUUUUAUGCCCCCAGUAAUUCACAAAGGUCUCAGUCAUCUAGUCUUUGUAAUCCGUCACCGGAAAAUGAAGUAGAUACUAAUAUAAUUAAUCAAGAUGAAAGAAAAUAUAGCAGUACGAAUAUUAUAGAUUCAUCACUUUCGCAAAAUCCGAAUAAUUUCGAAAACGACCGCAAGAUGAGACAUUUGCGGCGGCAGACUGAUUGGAAAUGGCUGAAUGCAUGCAAGGGCAUUAUUGAAGGUGACCCUAGUCCUGUAGAAGCGUACUUGUCCUCCGGCGGAGAUCCUACACGCACCCUUACUUCUUCCGAAGUCGCGAUAUUAAACAGAGCGUCCGCCUACGAUGUUGGACACACUUUAGUUCAUUUAGCAAUUAGAUUUCAAAGGGAAGACUUAUUGGCAAUUCUUUUGUCUCAAAUAGAAGGCUCGGGUUCAGGAGUUAAACGGGUGCCUAGUUAUGUCGCACCCGAUUUAGCGGCUGACAUAAGACGUCACUUUGCUAGCACCAUAAGACAGAGAAAAGGCAGUUUUCCAUGCAAUUUCGUUACCGAACUUCCCACGUUUGCUUUACCUGCUGAAGUGGACGAGUUACCGGCAGCUGUUCAAGAACAGCUGUUUACCGAGCUCUUGGACAAAGAUGCGCAAGAGCAACUCGAGAGUGAACCGGCUGUCAUUAAUUGGUCUUUGGAGAUUACUGUUAGACUGGGAUCGCGAUUGUACGCUUUAUGGAAUCGGUCCGCGGGAGACUGUCUUCUUGAUUCUGUGAUGCAGGCCACAUGGGGCGUUUUCGAUCGUGAUAAUACGUUGAGGAGGGCGCUGGCUGAAACGUUAGGUCAAGCAGGUCAUCUCUUCUAUCCUCGUUGGAAAGAAUACGAAUCGAAUCAGGCGUCGUUACUACACUUCUCUCUCGACGAAACGCAAUGGGAAGAAGAUUGGACGAGUUUGAUAUCUUUAGCUAGCCAGCCCGGCAACAGUUUAGAACAACUACACAUUUUCGCACUUGCUCACAUCCUCAGAAGACCUAUCGUUGUUUAUGGGGUUAAAUACGUCAAAAGUUUUAGGGGCGAAGCGUUAGGUUACGCAAGAUUCGAAGGGGUUUAUUUGCCGUUACUUUGGGAGCAGAGUUUCUGCGUUAAAACUCCCAUAGCGUUGGGAUAUACUAGGGGACAUUUUUCCGCACUCGUACCAUUGGAGCCAUACAGCAGUCGUUUAGAUCGUCCACAGUCAAACCAUCAAGACGAACUACAAAGUAUUUUUUUGCCGUUAAUGGAUAGAGACAGGAAGUUGUUACCAAUUCAUUUUUUGACUGAGUCAGAGUUGGGUAGAGAAGAAAAUAUUCUCAGACAAUGGCUGGAUGUAUGUGAAACAGAAGGAGGAGUGUUAGUAGCACAGCAAUUCUUGCACAAGCGACCUUUGCUCGUAGGACAGAUGGUGGAAGAAUGGCUGAAUCAUUAUAGAAGGCUUGCGCAAAUGACUUUAGCCCCAUUCUCCAGACGUAUUCCCAUCCAAGAUUUUUCAAGUGAUGGGGACACUGACGACGAAUAGCAAAGGUGAAAGUCGUGCUCUACGAAAGUGAAUUGAAAUUAAUUAUACAUUAACAAAAACACUUAGAGAGAAAGAACCUCCUUUAUAAAUACUAAACACAACUUUUUUUGAAUACCGUAACAAAUCCUAAUAAAUAAUAAUAACUAUUAUAACGAUAGAAUUGCAAACCGGUAAAUUGGCCCUGACAAAUUCUAAAACAUUAUUUUAAAAUUGAAAAGAAAUCUCCAGUUUGUUAUUUCUCACAUUUCAAUCAAUCAUAGUAAAAUACUAUAAUGUAAUAGAUAUUAGUCAAUGUGCAGAUGAUAUUUUUUUGUUCUUGUUUUACUUUUUGGUGUAAUAGAAAUCCGUGGUUGUCCUUACCGGUGGCACCUGUACACGUGCACAUGCUGUAUUUUGUUUUUCUUUUUUGUUGGUUGGUUGUUCGUUCAUACUGAUUAUAGAUCGACAGGCAGACAUAUUAAAUAGUAGCGUAGAGCUUAGGCUUCCACGGCCAAUUAAUAAAGAAUUGAUGUUUUCUGGUCAAAUACAUCAUUAUCAAAAGUACAAAUCAAUUCUGCCAGACGUUUUGUCUGCGUCUGUGAUAGCCAUCUUCAGUGGAUUGUGUGACUAUAAUACUGCAAUUAUAUGCUACGUUGUCACCAAUCCACUGAAAUGUCUAACAGUUGGAGACGAAACGUCCAGCAGAUUAAAUUUCUACCGUCGAUACGAUUCAUCGAUCAGCACGAAAAACAUCAAUUUUUAAUUAAAUAGUAGCACUUUAUUUCACGAUGGAAUGGAUCUAUUGCGAGUACAAAAUUGCCUGGUAAUAUUCGUCUUUUUAAAGGGUUGUUGUUGUGGAGCUCCUUUUUAGGUUUCAUUUAGAUAUCGGUCGCUUUUCUUGUUGAACGUUGUCUUUUUGCUUUUUCGUAAGUUCCACUUAUGCAAGUAAUUACUUACGAUAUUCUCAAGAGAUAAUUUUGUUGGGUGGGUUAUUCUAACAAUGAAUUGGUGUACACAAGUGAUAUGAUACUGUCAGUACUUGUUACAGUUUUAUGUAUAAUCUUUUCCUGCAUGUCGUUGGUUAAUGUAAAAUAUUUUGUAUACAGGGUGACUUAUAUUACAUAUUUGCCUAUGAGUCAUAGAUGGUGAUGUUUUUGGGAACACAAAUCUUUAGAUUCACAUGAGUUCAUAUUUACGCUCAUUAUUAUAAAAGUAUAUUCCUUUUGCAAGGUCUGAUUGACUUCCUCAAUGCAUGAAGAUGAUUGCUACAACCUGCUAUAAUGGUUGGUUUCUUGCUAUAUUUUUGUUACCUUUUUCCUGUGCUUUUCGACUAUAAUGUAGGUUUUUUUUAGACAAAAGCUUUUCACCAAUCAUUUUUAAAUUAAUUUUAAUAAAUUUGAACGCGGUUUACUUAAUGCUUUUUUUUAUAUUUUGGUCGAAAAUAUGGGGAAAGUGUUUAAAAAAAUGAUAACAAGGCCUAAUUUUAUUAAGCAAUUAAAAGUACGCUAUCGUGCAAUAAAAAUUAAACCGUAAUGCUCCAAUUGGGAAAAAUAAUAUUCGUUUAAAUUUUAACUUUGAGCUUUUAUAAUCCACUCUCUAUGUACGACACAAAAAAUUUGAAUACUAAAAAUAUUAAAAAAAAAAUCAUGGUGACGUAAUUCUCUUAAUUUUGUAAUUCAAAACAUCACACUAAAUUGAACUUGUGUGUACACAAUAGUAUAUCUAUGUUGGUCAUGACACCCUGUAUAUUAUCUUACUGUUAUCUUUCAUUCUCUCUUCAUUUUCUUGUUGAGCUUUAGUAAUGUUUUACAACAUUUUUAUACAAAAAAUUACGAUAUUAUCUGAAUUUAAAUAUUAGGAAACAUACUUGUAAUUGAAAUUUUGAGACUAAUGAGUAUUAUAAUAUGUGGUAAAGAUAUGCCAAAUUCAAGCAGUAUUUCUCGAUAUGGAUGUUUUAUUUUAAA